AACAAUUAGCAUCUUUAAUCAUAAUUAUUAUAUAAAUACACCCCACCCUCCUUAACCCUUCCCUAAUUAUCUUUUUAUUAUCAAUUCAUUAAGGCCACCCCCUCAAUCAACAACCCUUCAAUCCCUUUUUUCUUUUUCUCAAUUCCAUCUAAAUCUUCUUAGUAGCCUAUAUUACAGUCUAAUUUACGAAAUUCCGUCUAUUAUUACGGUGUUAAGAUGCUUAAUUAUAUGUAAUUUUUGAUUAAUAAAAACGCCGUUAAAACUCACGUGUUUCAACAAAAAAAAAGGAAAAAAAAACAAUUUCUGCAAAAUGGCUCAGCAAGGACAAGAGGAGGAAGAUGAAGAAGAAGAAGUGACGUUAUCUAUGACGUCAAAAUCCGUUAACGUUGACUUUAACGGCGAUGAUGGCGGAAAUCGUGGAGGAGGAAAGGCGGCGCGAUUACCACGUUGGACAAGACAAGAAAUACUUGUUUUGAUACAGGGUAAACGGGUCGCUGAAACUCGGGUCAGGAGAGGAAGAACCGCGAGUCUACCGGAUGGAGAAAUUCAAGUCGAACCAAAGUGGAUGACCGUUUCAUCGUACUGUAAACGGCAUGGAGUAAACCGAGGACCUGUACAGUGUAGAAAACGAUGGAGUAAUUUAGCCGGUGAUUUUAAGAAGAUUAACGAAUGGGAAUCUCAAAUUAAAGAUGAAUCAGAAUCGUUUUGGAUGCUGAGAAAUGAUGUAAGACGUGAAAGAAAACUUCCUGGAUUUUUCGAUAAAGAGGUUUUUGAUAUUCUUAGUUCGAAUUCCGAAAAUCCUGUUGUUCAUGUUGAAUCUGAUAACCCUAAUUUGAAGAGUGGUAAGAUUGAAGCUGUGUUUGAUAGUGGAAGAAGUGCGACUGGUGAUGAUGGAUUGUUUUCGGAUUUUGAGAAUCAACGAGAAAGGAAUCAGGAUGAACAGGAUGAUGAUGAUUUGGGAAGAAGAAUUGAAAAUGUGGGUGAUGGUCAAAUUCAGGUUCAUGAUGAACAUCCUUUGGUGAAUUCUUCUGUUCCGGAUCCUAUACCUAUUUCUGAGAAGCAGUAUCAACCAGCAACUGCAGAAGCCCGUGGUCCAGGAGCAGAAACCAAUCAAGAGAAGCAACAAGUAGGGCUAAAUCCCGAAAUAGGAUCAACAUCCGGUGAGGCAGCAGGACGAAAAAGAAGAAGAACAUUAGACGAAGAAGAGGGUGGGAUACACUUGCAGGCGCAGGACGAAUUGAUCCAAGUUUUGGAAAGGAACGGAAGAGUGUUAAGCGCGCAACUUGAUGCUUACAAACUUAAUCAAAAACUCGAUAGGGAAGAACGGAAAGAAAAUGCUUCUAGUUUAGUUGCUGUUUUGAAUAAGCUUGCUGAUGCAAUGGGACGGAUUGCAGAUAAGUUGUAGCUUAAUUAGCUAGUUACCUCUAACCUGUUGUUGAAUCAAAAGGAAAAAGGAGAGGUGAUCAUGUAAAUAAUUACUAUUGAAUUUAAACUAUAAAUUCAUAGGUGUGGUGCUCAUUACAGGUUUGAUGAUGAUCAUGUUAAUUACAUAUAGGAUUAUACCAAUAGAUUUUGAUUUUGAUUA